UUUCACACGCUACCUUGAGUGUUCAUUUAAACGCUCGUCUCUCUCUCUUUGUUGUUCUGUUUCUGUUUUCUGUUUUCUGUUUUGGAACUUUUCUAGUUGUGGUUGGGUGGGAGAGCUGCUCAUCUCAAUCCCUUUCUCUGUCUCUCUGCAUUUCUUCAGACCUGUCUUCUUCCUAUAUCGGACAAAUAGCAGUGGCUGUCUCGUCUGUCUAUAUUGAAAAAAAUAAACAUAGGAGGAGAUCAUCAUCAUCAUCAUCGAUUUGAGGAGUGUAAUUCAUCCUCCUCAACCUCUAAUGGCGGGCAGUAAUGAAGUAAAUACUAAUGAAUCACAGAGAGUGGUUCCCCUGAAUACAUGGAUCUUGAUAUCGAAUUUCAAGCUCGCUUACAACUUGCUCCGGCGAUCGGACGGCACGUUCAACCGCGAACUAAACGAAUUCCUCGACCGCAAGGUUCCGGCGAACGCCGUCCCCGUCGACGGCGUCUAUUCCUUCGACGUCCUCGAUCGCGCCACCAGCCUCCUCAACCGCGUCUACCUCGCCGCCGCCAACGGAGACGCCCCCUGGCGGAUCACCGACCUCGAGAAGCCUCUCAGCGCCACCGCCAUCGUCCCGGUUAUCGUCUUCUUCCACGGCGGCAGCUUCGUCCACUCCUCCGCCAACAGCACCAUCUACGACACGCUCUGCCGCCGCAUAGUGCGGACGUGCGGCGCCGCCGUCGUGUCCGUGGACUACCGCCGGUCGCCCGAGCACCGCUACCCGUGCGCCUACAACGAUGGCUGGGCGGCCCUCAAGUGGGCCCACUCGCGGCCGUGGCUCCGGAGCGGGGCCAACGGUGCCAGGGCCCACGUGUACCUAGCCGGCGACAGCUCGGGCGGGAACAUCGCCCACCACGUGGCUGUCCGCGCGGCCGAGGAGGGCGUGGAGGUGCUCGGGAACAUCCUCCUCCACCCGCUCUUCGGAGGGCAAGAGCGGACAGAGUCGGAGAUGCGGCUGGACGGGAAGUACUUUGUUCGGAUUCAGGAUCGGGAUUGGUAUUGGCGGGCGUAUUUGCCCGAGGGCGAGGAUCGGGAUCACCCGGCGUGCAACGUGUUCGGGAAGCGCAGCCGGAGCAUCGAGGGGCUACGCUUCUUCCCGAAGAGUCUGGUGGUGGUGGCCGGGCUCGAUCUCCUCCAAGAUUGGCAAUUAGGGUACGUCCAUGGAUUGGAGGGAUCAGGGCAUGAGGUGAAAUUGCUCUAUCUUGAAAAGGCCACCAUUGGAUUCUACUUCUUGCCAAACAAUAAUCAUUUCCAUUCUUUGAUGGAGGAGAUUAACGCCUUUCUUCACUCCUAAUUAUUGUUAAUAGUUUUAUCAUAUCAACUCACCAUCCCCCCCCCCCCCCCCCCCCCCUCUUGGUUGCCGGUGGAGCGAGCUACGGCAGUCUAUAGGUGGGGAAAAGCUAAUUCGGCAACAUGGAUUAGGGAAAUCCAUGGUGCUAUGAUUUUGUGUACUAGUACUAGUUUUUUUUUUAUAGCUACGGCUGUUUCCACUUUGUAUGUUAGUAAAUACUCCACUAGUAGUAAUUAAGAAGGGCAUGUUUUAUUCUGAUCUA